AGAGUGGGUAGAGAUACUCGAGAGGGGGAGGAGGAGGAGGAGGAGGAGUGUUGGUCGGCGGAGCUGCGCUCGGUCUGUGUCUCUGGUGCCUCGUUGCGUCGCUCUUUUUGCGAUCGAGGAGAAACGGUCGCCCCGGCGGAGUCUGCGAGGGUGGCAGAUCCGGAGGGGGAGGAGUAGGAGUUAGUUCGCAUCGCUUUGUUUCCCGCAGUGCUCUUUGGGUAGGUGGGAAGGGAGGAGCCAUCUGUGGUUGGUGGCGAGGAGAGAUCUAUCUAUCUGUCGACCUACCUAAUCAUUUAGAGGGAAAUCCACCGUCUGGGAAAAAUUCCUCUCUGAUGAUCUGUAACUAAGCCGGUGUCUUUGAAUCCGUUCCUUCUUCGUUUACAAGUUAAUCAAUUUGACAAUUUCUGAAGAUAAAUCGGUUUUCUUUUUGGUGAAUCCGUUUGAAGCUGCAAAGCUUUGCACAGACACAAACUUUCAUUGUAAUCUUCAUAAAGAAAACUUUUUUGGGCGUUAUUCCUCUGUUUAUAAGCUAGAGGUCGGCGGCGGCGAUGGCUUCAGUCCCCGGGUCAGCCUUUAAGCUCCGGAAUGAAUCGGUGGCGCUCUCAGUCAUUGUCAAUCAUAAGCACAACGUCUCUAGUGGUGGUAGUGCUGCACGAUUUCCAUGCCUUAGACGCUCUCAAAGGGUGUCCUUGCAUAGCCAGUUUGUUGGGGCAAAGCUCCGAUCUUGUGAACGCGUUCAUCUUUGGCGGAUGGAUGGUCCAGGACGUUCACCUAAGCUAAGAAUCGUUGCUCCAUCCAUGUCCCUGUCACAGGUGCCAGAGAAGCCGCUUGGUCUCUAUGAUCCAUCUUUCGAUAAAGAUUCUUGUGGUGUUGGUUUCAUUGCUGAGCUAUCUGGAGAGUAUAACCGGAAAACAGUUUCUGAUUCUCUGGAGAUGCUUGUUCGAAUGGCCCAUCGUGGCGCAUGCGGCUGUGAAACUAAUACUGGUGAUGGAGCUGGCAUACUAGUGGCACUCCCUCAUGGUUUUUUCGUUGAGGUCACGAAGGAUGUUGGCAUGCAACUUCCAUCUCCUGGUCAGUAUGCAGUGGGUAUGUUUUUCUUGCCACAGGAUGAUAGUCGCAGGGAGGAAAGCAAAGUUGUUUUCACUAAGGUUGCAGAAUCUUUGGGACAUGCUGUUCUUGGCUGGCGCUCAGUGCCAACAGAUAAUAAUGAUCUGGGUGAAUCUGCUCGUCAAACUGAGCCAAUCAUUGAGCAAGUUUUUCUCACUCCAAGUCCUCGGUCAAGUGCCGAUCUUGAGCAGCAGAUGUAUAUAUUACGGAGGAUUUCAAUGGUAGCUAUCCGAGCUGCUCUCAAUCUGCAGCAUGGUGGAGCUAAGGACUUCUAUAUUUGCUCACUUUCUUCUAGGACUGUUGUUUAUAAAGGUCAGUUGAAGCCUGAUCAACUAAAGGACUACUAUUAUGCAGAUCUUGGAGAUGAAAGGUUUACAAGUUACAUGGCCCUGGUUCAUUCUCGAUUCUCUACAAACACUUUUCCUAGUUGGGAUCGUGCACAACCUAUGCGAAUUUUGGGCCACAACGGAGAAAUCAACACAUUGCGGGGCAAUGUGAAUUGGAUGAAGGCACGUGAAGGAUUGUUGAAGUGCAAGGAACUAGGUUUGUCAAAGAAUGAAAUGAAGAAACUUUUGCCUAUUGUUGAUGCUAGUUCAUCUGAUUCUGGCGCAUUUGAUGGUGUCCUUGAGCUUCUGGUCCGUGCUGGCAGAAGUCUUCCUGAAGCUGUUAUGAUGAUGAUACCUGAAGCAUGGCAGAAUGAUAAGAACAUGGAUCCUGAUAGGAAGGCUCUCUAUGAAUAUUUCUCAGCUCUUAUGGAGCCCUGGGAUGGACCCGCCCUCAUAUCUUUUACGGAUGGUCGCUAUCUUGGAGCAACAUUGGAUCGUAAUGGUUUGAGACCUGGCCGCUUUUAUAUCACUCAUAAUGGACGUGUUAUCAUGGCUAGUGAAGUAGGUGUUGUAGACAUUCCUCCCGCUGAAGUGGCACGGAAAGGAAGGCUCAACCCUGGGAUGAUGUUGUUGGUGGAUUUUGAAAAUCAUGUUGUUGUUGAUGAUGAGACACUUAAGCAGCAAUUUUCACAGGCUAGACCAUAUGGAGAAUGGCUUAGGAGACAGAAGAUUUGCCUCGAAGAUGUUAUCAAUUCUGUCCCUAAAAGUGAAAGUAUUCCUCCAAGCAUUUUUGGAACUGUACGGUCUCAGACUCAUGAUGAGGACAUGGAAAACAUGGGGCUUCAUGGUCUUCUGGCACCACUGAAAGCCUUUGGCUAUACUGUUGAAGCAUUGGAAAUGCUGUUGCUGCCAAUGGCAAAAGAUGCCACUGAAGCUCUAGGUUCAAUGGGAAAUGAUGCUCCCUUGGCCGUGAUGUCAAAUAGAGAGAAACUUAGCUUUGAAUACUUCAAGCAGAUGUUUGCUCAAGUUACAAAUCCGCCAAUUGAUCCGAUCCGGGAGAAAAUAGUUACAUCCAUGGAGUGCAUGAUUGGUCCUGAAGGGGAUCUUACUGAAACCACUGAAGAGCAGUGCCAUCGCCUGUCAUUGAAAGGGCCUCUUCUAUCCAUUGACGAAAUGGAAGCUGUAAAAAAGAUGAACUACAGAGGUUGGCGCAGCAAAGUACUUGAUAUCACAUAUCCAAAGGAGCAAGGCCGAAAGGGUUUGGAGGAAACCUUGGAUAGGAUUUGUUCAGAAGCUCGUUCUGCUAUCCAUAAAGGCUAUACAACUCUUGUACUGUCUGACAGAGGUUUUUCUUCCAAUCAUGUUGCUGUAAGCUCCCUCUUGGCAGUUGGUGCUGUCCAUCAACAUCUAGUCUCAACACUUGAGAGGACACAGGUCGGAUUGCUGGUUGAAUCUGCAGAGCCCCGUGAAGUGCAUCACUUUUGUACUCUUGUUGGGUUUGGAGCUGAUGCUGUCUGCCCGUAUUUGGCCAUAGAAGCAAUUUGGCGAUUACAAAUUGAUGGAAAGAUCCCUCCUAAAGCAGAUGGAAAAUUCCAAUCAAGGGAGGAUCUUGUUAAGAAAUACUUUAAAGCCAGCAACUAUGGAAUGAUGAAGGUUCUUGCUAAAAUGGGGAUAUCGACCCUAGCAUCUUACAAGGGUGCACAGAUUUUUGAAGCUCUAGGACUCUCUUCUGAGGUUAUUGAGAAAUGCUUCAAAGGAACACCAAGUAGAGUUGAAGGUGCAACAUUUGAAAUGCUUGCUGGAGAUUCACUCCGUCUUCAUGAGUUGGCAUUUCCAACCAGAGCGCCACCACCCAGUAAUGCAGAAGCAUUACCUAAUCCUGGGGAUUACCAUUGGAGAAAAGGAGGUGAAAUUCACCUUAAUGAUCCCCUUGCAAUUGCUAAGUUGCAAGAGGCAGCCAAAGCUAACAGUAUUACCGCAUACAAAGAAUAUUCUAAGCGUAUACAGGAGCUGAACAAGAAUUGCAACCUUCGUGGAAUACUGAAGUUUAAAGAUGUCACUGAGAAAGUUCCUUUGGACGAGGUCGAACCUGCUAGUGAGAUUGUUAAGCGCUUUUGCACUGGAGCUAUGAGUUAUGGUUCAAUAUCAUUGGAAGCACAUACUACUCUAGCAAUUGCUAUGAACAAAAUUGGAGGCAAAUCUAAUACUGGUGAGGGAGGCGAGCAACCUUCUCGUAUGGAGCCUCUGCGAGAUGGUUCAAGGAAUCCAAAGAGGAGCUCCAUUAAACAAGUAGCAAGUGGUAGGUUUGGUGUAACAAGCUACUACCUGAGCAAUGCUGAUGAACUCCAGAUAAAGAUGGCUCAGGGGGCCAAACCGGGCGAGGGGGGUGAACUUCCAGGCCAUAAAGUUAUUGGUGAUAUUGCUGUCACAAGAAAUUCCACUGCUGGUGUUGGUCUUAUUAGUCCUCCACCACACCAUGAUAUCUAUUCCAUUGAAGAUCUUGCACAGCUUAUUUAUGAUCUUAAGAACUCAAAUCCUGGCGCCAGAAUUAGUGUUAAGCUAGUCUCUGAGGCUGGUGUUGGGGUAGUUGCCAGUGGGGUUGUAAAAGGGCAUGCUGACCAUGUUUUGAUAUCUGGGCAUGAUGGUGGCACAGGAGCUUCUCGUUGGACUGGCAUAAAAAAUGCUGGUCUGCCCUGGGAGCUUGGAUUAGCUGAGACACAUCAGACUCUAGUUGCAAAUAACCUGCGAGGACGAACAGUAGUGCAGACAGAUGGGCAGUUAAAAACAGGCAGAGAUGUUGCAAUUGCAGCGCUACUUGGGGCAGAAGAGUUUGGUUUCAGCACUGCACCUCUAAUAACUCUUGGCUGCAUCAUGAUGCGAAAGUGUCACAAAAAUACUUGCCCGGUUGGAAUCGCCACUCAAGAUCCUAUUCUUCGUGAAAAAUUUGCUGGGGAACCUGAACAUGUUAUAAACUUUUUCUUUAUGCUGGCAGAGGAAGUUCGUGAUAUAAUGUCUCAAUUGGGCUUUCGGACCAUGACCGAGAUGGUUGGUCGUGCAGACAUGCUUGAGAUUGAUAAGGAAGUGACUAGUAGUAAUGAAAAAUUGAGGAAUAUUGAUCUUUCAUUGCUUCUUAGACCUGCAUCUGAUAUUCGGCCUGGAGUGCCUCAAUAUUGCAUUCAAAAGCAGGAUCAUGGAUUGCAUGUGGCAUUGGAUCAGAAGCUUAUUUCCUCAUCAAAAGCUGCUCUUGAAAAAGGAUUGCCUGUUUAUAUUGAGAUGCCAGUUCGCAAUGUAAACCGUGCUGUGGGUACCAUGCUUAGCCAUGAGGUAACUAAACGUUAUAUGUUGAAAGGAUUGCCUACAGAUUCAAUCCAUAUUAAGCUAGUUGGAAGUGCUGGUCAGAGCCUGGGAGCUUUUCUCUGUCCUGGAAUUACUAUUGAGCUUGAAGGUGACAGCAAUGACUAUGUUGGGAAAGGAUUAUGUGGAGGCAAAAUUGUAGUUUAUCCACCAAGAGAGAGCCAAUUUGAUCCAAAAGAAAAUAUUGUUGUGGGCAAUGUUGCAUUAUAUGGUGCCACAAAUGGGGAGGCAUAUUUUAAUGGAAUGGCUGCAGAAAGAUUUUGUGUCCGUAACUCAGGUGCUAGAGCAGUUGUUGAAGGUGUUGGUGAUCAUGGUUGUGAGUAUAUGACUGGUGGUAGUGUUGUUAUUUUAGGUAAAACUGGGAGAAACUUUGCUGCUGGUAUGAGUGGUGGAAUUGCUUAUGUUUUCGAUAUUGAUGGGAUGUUUCAGACACGAUGCAAUCCUGAGUUGGUUGAUCUUGAAAAGGUUGAGGAUGAGGAAGACAUCACAACAUUGAGAAUGAUGAUUCAACAACACCAACGUUAUACAAGAAGUGUUCUAGCAAGGGAAGUCCUUUCUGAUUUUGAAUCUCUGCUGCCCAAGUUUUUCAAAGUGUUUCCAAGGGAUUAUAGGAUGAUUCUUCAGAAAAUAAAAGCAGAAGAAAAUGUUAAAGAAUCUGAGGAGCAAGAAGAAAAAGAGCUAAUGGAAACGGAUGCAUUUGAAGAGCUAAAGAAACUGGCUGCAGCAUCUUCUGUUGCUAAGAAAGAAGAAGACUUGGCUGCAGCAAAAAGGCCAACACAGGUUGACAACGCUGUUAAGCAUAGAGGUUUUAUUGCUUAUGAGCGACAAAGUAUUUCAUAUAGGGAUCCUAAUGAUCGAAUUAAAGAUUGGAAAGAAGUUGCUAACGAGUGUAAGCCAGGGCCACUGAUGAAAACACAAUCUGCUCGCUGCAUGGAUUGUGGGACUCCUUUUUGUCAUCAGGAAAACUCUGGGUGCCCACUUGGAAAUAAAAUACCUGAAUUUAAUGAACUGGUUCAUCAAAAUAGAUGGCGUGAAGCAUUGGAUCGGCUUCUCGAGACAAAUAACUUCCCAGAAUUUACUGGCCGAGUCUGCCCGGCUCCUUGUGAAGGAUCAUGUGUUCUUGGCAUCAUUGAGAACCCAGUUUCUAUUAAAAGUAUAGAGUGUGCAAUCAUAGACAAGGCAUUUGAAGAAGGAUGGAUGAUACCUCGUCCUCCACAGAAAAGAACUGGGAAGAGAGUUGCUAUUGUUGGUAGUGGUCCAGCUGGGCUUGCUGCUGCUGAUCAGUUAAAUAAAAUGGGUCAUUUAGUCACUGUUUACGAACGUGCUGACCGAAUUGGAGGGCUUAUGAUGUAUGGUGUUCCAAACAUGAAGACGGAUAAAGUUGAGAUCGUUCAACGUCGUGUGGAUCUAAUGACCAAGGAAGGUGUUAAUUUUGUGGUAAACGCUCAUGUCGGAACAGAUCCCAAGUUCUCCCUUGACCAUCUCCGUUCCCAGAAUCAUGCAAUCGUCUUGGCUUGUGGAGCUACUAAACCAAGGGAUCUUCCUGUUCCUGGACGAGAACUCUCUGGAGUCCAUUUUGCAAUGGAAUUUCUCCAUGCAAACACUAAAAGUCUGCUUGAUAGCAAUCUAUGGGAUGGUAAAUAUUUGUCUGCACAAGGGAAGAAAGUGGUUGUAAUAGGUGGAGGAGAUACAGGAACUGAUUGUAUUGCAACAUCUAUCCGACAUGGCUGUACAAAUCUUGUAAAUCUAGAACUACUUCCCGAACCACCUAAGAAAAGAGCACCAGGAAAUCCAUGGCCACAGUGGCCUCGGAUUUUCCGUGUAGAUUAUGGUCAUGAAGAAGCAACAUCCAAGUUUGGAAAAGACCCACGGACGUAUGAGGUUCUGACCAAGCGAUUUGUGGGAGAUGAAAAUGGAGUUGUCAAGGGCCUCGAGGUGGUCCGGGUCCAUUGGGCAAAGGAUAGUAGUGGAAAAUUUAAGUUCGAGGAAAUCAAGGGCUCUGAGGAGACUAUAGAAGCUGAUCUAGUUCUCUUAGCUAUGGGCUUUCUUGGUCCAGAAUCGGCAAUUGCUGAUGAACUGGGUCUAGAGCUAGACAACAGGUCCAACUUCAUGGCGGAGUACGGCCACUUUGCAACCAGUGUAGAUGGGGUUUUUGCUGCUGGGGACUGCCGGCGAGGCCAGUCGCUCGUCGUUUGGGCCAUCAAUGAGGGCCGUCAAGCUGCGGCGCAGGUCGACAAAUAUCUAAUGAAAGAUGUGGAUACUAGAAGCAAAGACAGCCCCUCUGCUUCCAGCGAAGAUUUAGUGCAGAAAAUAACUGCUCAGGGAAAAUAAUUCUAGCUGUGUUAGCUUUAGGUGCUUGGUUCCAUAGAUUUUAGGGUCCAUCGUUUUCGCAGUUGUCUAUUUGUUGUGUUGGUGGCUGUUUUCAAAGGUUGUAUUGGAUGUGCUGGAAACGGUACAAUUUUAACCAUAAGAAAAGAAGUGCUUUUGUUGGCAACACCAAGGGCUAUGAAAUUGUAAGCUUCGUUUCUCAAUCUUAGACUUUUAGUUGCAAUAAUACAGACUAUACUUGUUUA